AACACACAAAGGUGUUGUUGUCGGCCAUUUUGGAGAUACAGUGUUGUCAACACGUUGACUUAUUUUCGUCAGGAUUUCUUGCACGAUCGCUUGGUGAAAUAUGUCUGAUCGAAAAGCUGAGUUAGAGAGAAAGCGGAAGCGCUUAGAAGAAAUCAAACGAGCUCGAGAAGAAAAGAAAAAGCAUGAACAAGAGCAAAGUAAGACAGCUGCCGCACCAAAGGGUGGUGCUAGUGCUACUUCUGCAUCAACAGAACCCAAAGAGACUGAUAUUGAGAGAAAAAAGAGAGAAGCUGAUGAGCUGCUGAAGGGAAUUAUACCUGAUGAUGUAAUUGAUGGCACUGCAGUGUCUCCUCUUGUACCAAGAUCUACUAAAAGUGAAGGAGCCAGCCCAAGCAAAGAUGUAACAUCAAGGCCUUUGGCACAGCAAGAGAAGAAAAGGCCAGUGAAAUUGGGUGUAUCACAGCUCACUCAGACAAAUAUUCCACCAAAGGAACCAGUUUUGUAUAGCAAAGAAACACAAACUCAAAAUGCAGAACCAGAAGAACCACAAGAUGAAUUUGAGACUCCAGCUGCGUCAAAGCCAAAGGAGACUGAAGCACAACCUGAACCUGAAGAUGGAGGAGAAGAUGGAAGAGAAGAAGUGCCUGUCAUAGAGCUCAGGGAUGAACAGAAGGAACACAUAUUGAAUUCUGGAGAAUUCAAUAAGUUCUUUGAAAAAGCAACAAGAAUGAUGGAGAGAGCCUUGUGUGAAACAGUUGACAUUACAUUUGACUACUCUGGUGCUGAAACAGAGGACACUGAAGGAGAUACGCAGGCAUCUGGUAAACUCUCAUUCAGCAGAGAGUUCUUUGACGAGAGGUGGUCAAGGCACAGGACAGUGACUUGCCUUGAUUGGUCAACACAGUACCCAGAGCUGUUGGUAGCUUCAUAUAACAACAAUGAAGAUGCCCCACAUGAGCCUGAUGGUGUGGCACUCGUAUGGAACAUCAAAUAUCAGAAAGAAUCUCCAGAAUAUGUAUUUAACUGUCAGUCUGGUGUGACGUCAGUUACCUUUGCCAAGUUUCAUCCUAAUUUAAUAGUUGGUGGGACAUAUUCAGGCCAAAUUGUAUUGUGGGAUAACAGAAGCAGUAAAAAGACCCCUGUGCAGAGAACACCUCUCUCCGCCACUGCACACACACAUCCGGUUUAUUGUGUGAAUGUGGUUGGAACUCAAAAUGCUCACAAUUUGAUCAGUGUGUCUACUGAUGGAAAGAUGUGUUCUUGGAGUCUUGACAUGUUGUCACAGCCUCAGGACAGCAUGGAGCUUCAAUUUAAACAGUCCAAGGCUGUGGCGGUGACGUGUCUAUCGUUUUUGGCUGGUGAUGUCAAUAAUUUUGUGGUGGGGAGCGAGGAAGGUUCUGUCUAUACAGCCUGUCGACAUGGAAGCAAAGCGGGAAUCAGUGAUAUAUUUGAAGGUCACUAUGGACCAGCGACAGGCAUUGAUACUCACUCAGCAGCAGGACCUAUUGACUUCUCUUAUCUGUUUUUGACGUCUUCGUUUGAUUGGACCAUCAAACUUUGGAGUCACAAGAACCCACGUCCACUGUAUUCUUUUGAAGACAAUGGUGAUUAUGUGUACGACGUACAGUGGUCCCCAGUUCAUCCUGCUUUGUUUGCUGCCGUGGAUGGAACAGGAAGACUGGACCUGUGGAAUCUUAAUAACGACACAGAGGUACCAACAGCGAGCACCAGCGCCGAAUCAAUGACGUCACUUAAUCGUUUACGAUGGACACAUUCUGGUCACCAGAUUGCCGCGGGUGAUGAUGACGGUCACGUAUUCAUCUAUGAUGUCGGCGAGCAACUUGCUGUCCCAAGAGUGGAUGAAUGGUCAAGAUUUCAAAACACCAUUCAUGAGAUCCAAGCUAACGCCUCAUCCAACGUUGGCGAAAUAGGCUCUCCCAAAAUGUCACCGUCCAAGAUGCCAUUUAGUUGAUAAUACUACCUGUAAAAUACUGAGGAAAUAAUGCAGUAGAACUGUAGUAUAACAAAACUGUGUUCGCCAUUCUAGGCAGAGGACUCAGCUGUUAACUCAGGGUGAUUGCAAUGAGGGUCGUAACGAGGAAUGCAGCAUGGUUUAUUAUUAUUAUUAUUAUUAUUAUUAUUAUUACUAUUAUUAUUAUUAUUAUUAUUAUUAUUAUUAUUAUUGUUGUUGUUAUUAUUAUUUGACCAGGUUUUCAAGAUGUUAGAUUGAUCUUUCCACAUUUUACAUGUCGAAAGGCGAGGAAUAGGCUAAGUAGUGUAGUGUCUUGGCAGAUGUAAGUCAUGUUUGUGCUUUUUCAGAUUAUUUCAGGGAUUAUCUGAAGAGGUUCGAAUUUUGCCCGAAACUUACUAUACAACUUUAAUUCACGGUAUGAAAAUGUGUCCGAAAAUAAUUUGAAAACAGUUCAUGGUAAUUUGCCACCGUUCGGUUGAUGGCGUACUGUGGAUAGGACCACAACAGUAACAAGUCUUAAACGAAUUCCUUAUCGCAAGAAACUUUGACACGUAGUGAAUCUAUUGACCUGAGAAGCUGAAGAAAAAUGUUUGUAUAAUUCUUAUGGCGGUAUACUGUAAGAAAUAAAGAUAUCUAUCAACCAUAUCUCAAGAAAUAGCAUGAAAGCUUAUCUUGCUGGAAAUGUUAAGCUGGUUGUGGUCUGAUUGGUUAAUUAUAGGAUUGGGGUAGCCGCCUGGUAACGUAUGUUUGUGCAACAUUUGUUGAUGUGGUUUUUUUUUAACACUUUUUGCAUCGAAUUCGUGAUAAAUUCCCAAGGUUUAGAACGUGGAAUUUCCAUGUAAUAAAGUCGUUGAACAAUC